UUAAGCGCCUUUCGCAGUCCAUAUUGUCACUGCCCCUCUCUCUCUCUCCCCUCUCUCUCUCCCCUCUCAGCCGCACCUCGAGCUAUCAACAAUGGUGUUUGUGAAAGCUCAAAAGUCAAGGGCCUACUCCAAGCGGUUCCAAGUCAAGUUCAAGAGAAGGAGAGAGGGAAAGACAGACUACCGGGCCAGGAUUCGCUUGAUCAACCAGGACAAGAACAAGUACAACACUCCAAAAUACCGAUUUGUCGUGCGAUUUACUAACAAGGAUAUAGUUGCACAAAUCACAUCUGCUACCAUUGCUGGUGAUAUUGUUCUUGCAGCUGCUUAUGCCCAUGAACUACCUCAUUUUGGGCUUGAAGUCGGCCUUACAAAUUAUGCUGCAGCUUACUGCACUGGACUCCUCUUGGCCCGUCGAGUUCUCAAAAUGCUUGAGAUGGAUGAUGAAUAUCAGGGAAAUGUUGAGGCAACUGGGGAGGAUUUCUCUGUUGAACCGGCUGAGAGCAGAAGGCCCUUCCGUGCUCUCCUAGAUGUUGGGCUCAUUCGAACAACUACUGGAAAUCGUGUUUUUGGUGCUCUCAAGGGAGCAUUGGAUGGUGGACUUGAUAUUCCUCACAGUGACAAGAGGUUUGCUGGAUUCAGCAAAGACAAUAAGCAACUUGAUGCUGAAAUCCACCGCAAAUAUAUCUAUGGAGGCCAUGUUGCUGCAUAUAUGGGGACCCUGAUGGAAGAUGAGCCAGAGAAGUACCAGACUCACUUUAGCAGGUUCAUCAAAAAAGGUGUUGAGUCAGAUGGAAUCGAGGAGAUGUACAAAAAAGUCCAUGCAGCAAUACGUGCUGACCCCACCCCAAAGAAAUCCCAGAAGGAGCCACCAAAGGAACACAAGAGGCAUAACCUGAAGAAGCUAACUUACGAGGAAAGGAAGGCCAGGUUGAUAGAGAGGUUAAAUGCUCUCAACUCUGCCGCUGCUGGUGGUGAUGAUGAUGAUGAGGACGACGACGACGAGUGAAUGCAACAGUAGAAAUUUGAGUGCUUCUUGUGCGCUGUCACUUGGUGUUUCUCAAUUUGUCGGCUUUUUACUUCAAGAAUCGCAAUUUUGCUUGUUUUGUCUGCAGUUUCGGAACAAAAUACAAUGGAGUAGUUGGUUUUAUGUUUUGACAUUACAAAUUCGCUGUAUUAGAUUUCAUAAUCUAUUUGUUAAGACUCAAGCCCAGUCUGCUGUUUUGUUCCAAUCGCUUGGUAGUAUGUGCAAUAUCCCAUGAGUUAAAGGAACAGGAAUUUGGGUUUUGGCGGAA